AUGGCCACCCACGAGUACCCAACAUUUGCGCCAGGCGACCACAAAGCGUACAUGGGGUACGCGGUCGAACAGGCACGGCUAUCACCGCCAUCGCCGUCCAAGUUUUGCGUCGGCGCGGUUCUCGUCGACGCCGACCGGGACGAGGUCCUCUCGACGGGCUACUCGGAGGAGCUGCCGCGGGACCGCCCCGGCGACCCUGGCUCGACACACGCCGAGCACUGCUGCUUCAUCAAGGUGGCCGACCGACACGGCGUCCACGACUUUGAUAUCGCCGACGUCCUCCCGCCGAACACGGUGCUCUACACCACCAUGGAGCCGUGCAACGAGAGGCUGAGCGGGAGCCGGACGUGUGUCGUCUAUGUCGGUAUUCGGGAGCCCGACACGUUCAUUCAGCGGAACGAGGGAAUUAGGCGCUUGGAGGAGGCUGGAAUCAAGGUCGAGAUGCUGGAUGGUGACGCCGAAUUGCGGGCGCUCAUCCUGGAUGUCACUUUUGCUGGUCACGUAAGGGAGAGCUAA